AUGGCAGAGGAUCCCCAGAUCCAGGGGCAAGACGGGAGCAUCGACGCUUCCAACGGCAACUGUCAGAGCUUGUGCAACGGUGGAAGAAGACGAGGACAUAGGAGGAGGGAGAAAAUGAAAUCUGCGCUAGACAAGCAAGAAAUAAACCCCAUCUGCGAGCCUACCGCUUGCAUUGCGCGGUUUUGGAAGCUGCUUCCUCACAUUAUGCUGUGCCUGUCUCUGGUCAUUUACGCAGCGCUGGGCGCGCUUUUGUUCCAAUACAUUGAAGGGAGAGCACCCCCCACCAAACAGGAGUACCAUUACUUCUUGGGACAAAUUAUCCGGCAUGUCCAACAUCGCACCAAUAGCGCAUCAUACAGCCACCAAGACAUAGUCAAGGAGAUGGAGCUUAUGAUUAAAGAUGGUUUUCAGACCUCAUGGCUCCAGCAACCUGACAGCUGGACCUUCUUUGGCUCCAUGUUCUUCGUGUGCACAGUAUUCACAACAGUUGGCUAUGGGGCCAUCUAUCCAGUCACCCUGCCUGGUAAGGUGGCGUGUGUCUUGUACGCUAUGGUGGGCAUUCCGCUAAUGCUUUUAAUCAUGCUUGAUGUUGGUGACUUCCUGGCUACUAUGAUGACCAAAGCAUAUGUUCAUAUUCACGCCUUUUUCAAAGUCCUGCGCUCACACAGCUGGUCCCAACUAAGGACUCAGAUGCAAGCGAGGGAGUCGAACCAUCAGACCUUGGAAGAUGGUACCAUUGUUUUCAGCCAUGACGUGGUGGUUCAUGAAGGGCUGAACAUCCGGGAAGUGUUGCAAAGUCAAGUGAAUGUGAAAUCCAAUUCCAUGCAGCUCCAAAAAAACAGAGAGAUCUUUGACAAGAUUAUUGCCAAAGAGAAUCUCCUACGAACCGGUCCCCUGCUCAGGAGCCUGUCCUGCCCAGAACUGAAUCGUAUGCUGCCAUUGCCCAAAGGAUUUGCCAUAUGGGACUUAACAGGAAUAGGAGAUACGAUGGAAACGCUCAAUGUACCAUUUGUGCUUAUUCUUUUCAUAGUGUUUGCUUACAUUUUUCUUGGAGGGUUGAUUCUGCCAGUGUGGGAGACAGAAAUGAAAGGAUUUGACCCUUACUACUUCUGUUUUAUCACAAUCACGACAAUUGGUUUUGGAGACAUUGUGCCUCAUCAUCCCAAGUUUUUUAUGCUCACCUCCCUCUUCAUCAUUUCGGGCAUGGCCAUCAUGUCCAUGGCAUUUAAGCUGAGCCAGACACGGCUUGUAAACUGCUACCGCCACUGCAUCAAGAUCCUAAGCAGGGAAAACAGAAACGAAGACAAGAAAUAA